GUGUCCUGUUUACUACUGGCCCUGGUUAAAGUUCCUUAGCUAUAUCCAACACGGAUAGAUUUCAUUUCAGCAUUACACAUCGCUCUUCUGUAUGCCUUUACACACACCCGACAGUUUUGGGGUUGAAAACAACACUGAAUGUUUUGUCUCCAGAUCAAAAUCAAGUUGAUUAUAAAACUCAAGGAUAAAAAGCGUGUUAAGACUUCAAAUCGUGUGGAUUUCCUGUGAUUAGUGACCGGGUUAUUUUGUGGCAUGCGGUGUUUUGACUACUGUGGAGGGGAAUCAUCCCGCCAGGACCCUGAACUCGGGACGCGUCACCGGCUCCGGCGCCUUAAAGCGGGCGGUGAGGAAAAAGCUUGCCCUGAAGGGAUGGCCUGGAGGAUCCUCUCGGACCCAGGGAGCUGCGCUAUUUAAGGAAGGCCGGGUUCGAAUCGAUCAGAAGGCGGGUGACGGCUCGAUAAUGGCUAGCCGGAGCGAGGAGAUUACCGAACUGAUCGAUGUGUUUUCAAAGAGUCAGUACAGAGCAAGGGAGGUCACCCCGUCGGUAGAGAGAAUAGAGGAGCGCUGUUUGGAGCUGUUUGACCGGGACUACAAGUACAGUAUCAUCCACAACACCAAUGGGGAGGUGUGUGGUCACUACCCACGGAAGAUUGUGUUUCUGGAAUAUGAAUCUUCAGACAACAAUAAAGAGAGCUUUGAGAGUACUGUGCAGAUCAGUAAGUUGCAGGAUCUGGUGAACCGUAGUAAGAUGGCUCGCUGUAGAGGAAGAUUUGUCUGUCCAGUCAUCCUCUACAAUGGAAAGCAUGUGUGUCGAUCAUCCACUCUAGCAGGUUGGGGCGAACUUUAUGGACGCACUGGAUACAACUACAUUUUUUCAGGGGGUUCAGAUGACACCUUUGGUGAUGCUGAAGAGGUUCCAGAGGAUGACUGUGCAGUUCGGAAUAAUGAUUCACAGUUGUUUGAUAAGGUUAGGGGCUCUGACAUUAAGCUGUUGAAGUACUUGUCUGUAUGCUACAUCUGUGACCUCAUGGUAGAGAAUAAGAAGGUCAAGUUUGGCCUUAAUGUGACUUCCUCAGAAAAGGUGGACAAGGCCCACCGUUAUGCUGACUUUACCCUACUCUCUGUGCCUUAUCCAGGAUGUGAAUUCUUCAGGGAAUAUAAAGACAGAGAUUACACAGCAGAAGGGCUUGUCUUCAACUGGAAUCAGGACUAUAUGGAUGCUCCUUUGACAAUCCCUGAUUUCUUUACAAGAAACCUCAACAUCAACUGGAGUGAAUAUCAGUCAUGGGACCUGGUGCAGCAGACUCAGAACUACCUGAAACUGCUUUUACACAUCAUCAACUCUGAUGAUGAGAACGGUUUACUGGUGCACUGUAUAUCAGGCUGGGACAGGACACCUCUCUUUGUAUCCCUGCUCAGACUUUCGUUGUGGGCGGACCGUGCCAUUCAUGCAAGUCUAGAGCCGUCUGAGAUCCUUUACCUGACUAUCGCAUAUGACUGGUUUCUUUUUGGGUUAGUCUCAUUCCUGUUUCACUUACACAUCUACGUCUAGGAAUGUACCAAUAUUAAAAGUUUGUCACAUAACAAUAAGCUGAUAAUUAUUUUCAUGUUA